CCCGCAGUCGAACUUGGCUGCGGUGGCCACCUUUCAUUCGCCUUCACCGGAGACAGAUCUGUCAAUAUUUACCAUGAUGACGACAACCAUAGAUGAUCAGGACCCAAAGUUGGCAUGGUACGGGGCAUCGUGCCUGUCGGGAGCUGAGCGAAUCAUUACAGACGAUACGAAGUCUGAUCUGUAUUAUGAUGCGGGACUGCCUCAUGGUCUCACUGCUGAUAUGCCCCCCAGUCAUGGGUCGACAGGGAACGGAGAGUACUGUAUCAUCGCUUGGCAUGGAACCGAUAUUGCGGGAAUCUACGGUAUAUCUGUAGACGGUCAAGACGCCCAAUUCUACUCUGGUUACGCGUCGUCGGAUACUUUUCAGCAAGUCCUCUUUGCGACAUCUGGGCUUGCAGAAGGCGAUCAUACGAUCAGGUUGAGUAAUGAGAACGCGAGGAAUACGGAGCAGUAUCCUGCGUAUAUAUGGUUUGAUGUGGACUACGCGGUCUUCACGGGGACCUUGAUGGACGCCUCGAGUACUGCCAAUGUUCCGGGUCCGACCACGUCCACAACGCCUAUCACAUCCUCAUCUAUCGCCACUUCUACCUCGACUCAACAGUCUUCCAGCACUGACGCGCCGCCAUCCUCUUCUACAUCGUUCGACUCCACACCCUCAACUUCGACCUCCGCCUCAUCUUCUACCUCUCCCAGCGCUCUCAGCGGAUUCUCGCUGUAUCCAAGCUCUUCACGACGACUGAAUGGCGUCGGAGGUCCAACGUCAAAUCAACCUCAAACGUCCGGAACUCCGGUCGUCCCGACGACCACUGGACAGCCCUCAAGCUCAGUCUCUUCAGGCAGUGAUAAUCAAGAUUCUGGCAAGACGAGCAAUCGUACGACGGCAAUAGCAGUCUCUGUCACGAUUAUUGUGGUGGCAGUGGUGGUCAUCGCGACGGUUGGCAUUUUGUGGUUUCUCAGGCGAAAGAGGAGGCGUAGGGAGGAGCAAGAGGAGACUAAUGGUGGGACAUGAGUCUGACGCUGCAGAGCUCAUGGAGGUGACCGCAAGUGGGUCAUUAUGAUAUU